UGCCGGUUGCCAUGGUGAAUGAUGCUGAUCUGAAGAAAUGAAUAACGUGAGCGUUGGGGGCGACAGUGGGAUUACUCAGACAGUGGCGAGAGAGGCGUCAAGGAGAGCCCAGAGCAGAGGAGGGGAGAAGGCUCCAUUCCUUCAGCUUUGGUCCACUCUGUCUGCCCCUGCAGGCUGCGUUCUAACCAGAUCCACCGCGAGCAUCAGAAUCAGGAUGAACAUCGAAGUUGGGAACGUCUCUCAUACAGGAGCCAUCAUUUCCUGGUCGUCCUCAGAGCCCUGCCUGGAGGACUAUUACCAUAUUAUGUACAGGCCCAACUGGAACAGCAUCUUCUCCGGCUAUCUGCGUUACAGCUUCCACCACGAGGAGAAGGUGCCCCGAACAAUCAGCUCCGUGGUGCUGGAACACCUGGCACCUUCCACUCUCUACUUCCUGUGCAUCAGCUGCAAGAAGGCUGCCUUCCCCUACAGGCACUACUGCACCAUGUUCCAUACCCUGGAUAAGAGUCCACUGGCGGCCGGGAGCUCCCUGGUGGACCCCCAAAUCUCCCUGUGGGUGUUGAUGGCCAUUCUACUGGCCUGCUUCACAGCCGUCUUAGCUUUCAUCUGCCUCCAGUUCUGGUGCAUUCGUUGCCACGAGCCUCGAUGGUCUUACCGAGCCGGCCACAUGGAGGAAGCCAAUGGGUUGGUGAGAUGGCCAGAGGAGGCCCCCGCACUUGGGCAGAGAGAGGAAGACCUGCAAGGGCUCCCCCUGGUGGAAAUGCCACGCAAAAACUCUGGCGCUGAAGCAGAAGCAGAAGCCGAAGGGGAAGCCAACGAGGAUGAUGCAGCUGACCAGGAUGCCGCCAAUCAGGAUGUUCCUGACGUGGGUGCCUUGCUGAGGGGCGGUGGUGGUGAUCAUCCUGCCAUGCUGCCUCAUUUUAGGGAGUGAGAGGUAGGGAGGAGGCGGCCCGCGCGUUGUGUAGCUUAAAGCCCUCCAUACAGUAGAUCUUUUGUAAAAAUGUGUCCCUAGACCACCCAUUUGCCUCCCCUCAACUGUCAGUGCUCUUGUGGAUCAUCCGGGUUGGAUGAAUGCCCUAUGACAAAGCUUCUCAAGCUAGAAAGCAUAUACCCCCACGGUAUGCCAAAGGAGAAACAUGGUGUCUCUCAGGAGUGUCCAUUUAGGGGAGCCCAGUUAGGAAUGAAAAACAUUAUUUUAAUGUUAAAACAAACAUGAAUAUAUCAUGGCAUAGAAAGCAAAAUUUGCAUGACUUAAUAAAACACAGUACUUCGAGGAAACUUUUGAGUUGAAGAUGGGCUCUCCCGGUUAUGCUUUCAGUCAGCUGAGGCAGACAUCCAGUCCCCUCUGCUGUUGAGGGGACUAUUUUGGAAAGAUUGAGAAGCCUUGCUGAACAGUGUUUUCCAGCUUUCGGACAAUCACAUACCACCUCGUACCCCAUCUCCAUUUUGUUUAAACCAUAGUCUAUCUUUACUAUUAUUAACAAUAUUUUUCUUUAAAUCGACUCAUUUUUAAAACUUAAACUUAUCUUAAAAGACAGACUUAUAUGACUCCAUAAAUGAAAAACCAGCACCCUCCUGCUAUAAGUAGAAGAGACAUAAGAAUAAAUAUAAUGAAAACAAAAUAACAUUAAGUUUGACUUAGAUUCUAUUGCCUACUGAAGACUCUGAGCUUAAUUAAGGUCUGCUCUCUUAGCUUCGAUAAAAAAAGAAAAUGGAAAGGAGAAGGUAUUAAAGACAUAUAAGCAUCAACAUAAAUGUGUCUUUCUCCUUGUUAUAAUCACAAGGUUUGUAAGAGACUUGGAAAGGGAGGUGUUGUUCUUACUUUGUGAGUCAGAGUCGUUCAAUGACAUGUCUGAACUAUCAGAAAUGCUGGCUCAAAGUGUCCCUUGUGUUGAGAAAGCUGCCUUGACCAGACUGGCUGUCCUGGAGAGGACAUCUACACUGUCCCAGCAUCAUCCCAAGACCUUCUAAGCCCACCUGUAGGCCCAAGUGGUGGGAGCUCAUUGGUUCACCACACUUCCCAAUCUAGGGCUCCCCAAACUAGAGGAGUACCUUUGCUUAUAUAUAUUCAGUGGUUCUUCUGAGUCCAUCUGUGCUUACUUUUUGAAAAUGGGGUCAAAGGUAGCCAUUUCUAUUCCAUCACAAAUAAAAAUGCUGGCUUUGUUGUGGACACGUUUCGCUCUUACAGUGGCAUUCUUCCCCUUCAAACCCACCGGGUAAGAGAUAGAUCUCCUACAUCUAUCACAGUGUUGGUGAGACUCUGUGAACACUGCCCCCUGUACCCACCAUGGGUGCAGAAAUUUGAGGAGGGGAGACAUGAUGUCCGUUUUAAUCUCUGAUAUAUCCCCAGCAUGCAGAAUCUAGCCCCAUGUCUGGCUUAUUGUGGGCACUUCAUAAAUGUCUGUUUAAUGAAUGGCAAAGGACUGAAGGUCUAGAACAGGGCACCAUUUGGGAGGCCUGGUUAGUGUUAGGAUGUGUAUUGGGAACAAAGUGGCAAAGAGAUGGGAAAAGACCUGUCUCUCGGCGCUAGCUCCAGCCCUCUGGGAUUUCCUUCAAAACUCCACCUUCCCAAUUGCUUCCUGCUGGCAAAACCCUUGCCUUUCUGGAACACAAAAUCCCAGAAUCACACGACCAUAUUGCAAUGAAUCAGCUGAGCAACAGGAGGAGAGAGGAUGAAGAUGAGAAGCCCCACGCACCUAUGUCCCUGCUCACCUCAGUGAAAUCCCCCCAAAUAAUUCCCACCCAAAAACCACCCCUGCCAGGUCUGCUUCACCCCCAUCCUGGCUAGCUGUGCACAAAUAAAGAUAAAUAUACUCGCA